UGCUGGUGAAGUAGCAACUUAAGUGGCAGUGUUUAUUCUGAAAUCCUCAGGCAGCCAGACUGUCGUGGGCAAACGUUGAUAAAAUAGCCCUUAUCCGGGUUUUUAUCUAAGGAAUCUUGAGAAGACUGGAGAAUGGAGAGAGAGCAAAGGCUCGUGUCAGAGAAGGAUGAGUAUCAGUUUCAGCAUCAGGGAGCGGUGGAGCUGCUUGUCUUUAAUUUUUUGCUCAUCCUUACCAUUUUGACAAUCUGGUUAUUUAAAAAUCAUCGAUUUCGCUUCUUGCAUGAAACUGGAGGAGCGAUGGUGUACGGCCUCAUAAUGGGAUUAAUCUUACGAUAUGCUACGGCACCAACUGAUAUUGAGAGUGGGACUGUGUAUGACUGUGGGAAACUGGCCUUCAGUCCAUCAACUCUGCUGAUUAAUAUCACUGACCAAGUUUAUGAAUACAAAUACAAGAGAGAGAUAAGCCAGCACAACAUCAAUCCUCAUCAAGGCAAUGCUAUACUUGAAAAGAUGACAUUUGAUCCAGAAAUCUUCUUCAAUGUUUUACUGCCACCAAUUAUAUUUCAUGCAGGAUAUAGCCUAAAGAAGAGACACUUUUUUCAAAACUUAGGAUCUAUUUUAACAUACGCCUUCUUGGGAACUGCCAUCUCUUGUAUCGUCAUAGGGUUAAUUAUGUAUGGCUUUGUGAAGGCUAUGGUACAUGCUGGCCAGUUGAAAAAUGGAGACUUUCAUUUCACUGACUGUUUGUUUUUUGGUUCACUGAUGUCUGCUACAGAUCCAGUGACGGUACUGGCCAUUUUCCAUGAACUGCACGUCGACCUCGACCUGUACACACUCUUGUUUGGGGAGAGUGUAUUGAAUGAUGCAGUAGCCAUAGUCCUCACAUAUUCUAUAUCCAUUUACAGUCCCAAGGAGAAUCCAAAUACAUUUGAUGCUGCGGCAUUCUUCCAGUCCGUGGGGAAUUUCCUGGGGAUCUUCGCCGGCUCAUUUGCAAUGGGGUCUGCAUAUGCUGUUGUCACAGCGCUGUUGACCAAAUUUACCAAACUGUGCGAGUUCCCUAUGCUGGAAACAGGCCUGUUUUUCCUCCUGUCUUGGAGUGCCUUCCUGUCUGCCGAGGCCGCUGGCCUAACAGGGAUAGUUGCUGUUCUCUUCUGUGGAGUCACACAGGCACACUAUACCUACAACAAUCUGUCGCUGGAUUCCAAAAUGAGGACUAAACAGUUGUUUGAAUUCAUGAACUUCUUGGCUGAGAACGUCAUCUUCUGUUACAUGGGCCUGGCGCUGUUCACGUUCCAGAAUCAUAUCUUUAAUGUUCUUUUUAUACUUGGAGCCUUUCUAGCAAUUUUUGUUGCCAGAGCCUGCAACAUAUAUCCCCUCUCCUUCCUCCUGAAUCUGGGCCGAAAGCAGAAGAUGCCCUGGAGCUUUCAGCACAUGAUGAUGUUUUCAGGUUUGCGAGGAGCCAUAGCAUUUGCUUUAGCCAUUCGGGACACAGAAUCUCAGCCCAAACAAAUGAUGUUCACCACCACGCUGCUCCUUGUGUUCUUCACAGUCUGGGUAUUCGGAGGAGGAACGACCCCCAUGCUGACUUGGCUUCAGAUCAGAGUUGGCGUGGACCUGGAUGAAGAUCUGAAGGAGCCCUCCGCACACCAGGCAACAAAUAACUUGGAAAAAAGCACGACAAAAACAGAGAGUGCUUGGCUCUUCAGAAUGUGGUAUGGCUUUGACCACAAAUAUCUGAAACCGAUUUUGACCCACUCGGGUCCCCCACUGACUGCCACGUUGCCUGGAUGGUGUGGCCCACUCUCCAGGUUGCUCACUAGCCCGCAGGCCUAUGGGGAACAGCUAAAAGAGGAUGAUGUGGAAUGCAUUGUAAAUCAAGACGAACUGGCCAUGAAUUACCAGGAGCAAGCCGCCUCUCCCUGCAGUCCUCCUGCAAGGCUGGGUCUGGACCAGAGAGCGUCACCUCAGACUCCAAGCAAGGAAAACAUCUAUGAGGGGGACCUCGGCUUGGGAGGCUAUGAACUCAAGCUUGAGCAAACUCGGGGUCAAUCCCAGCUGAAUUAAUGGGCUUGAGCAGUGCAGAUAUAAUCACAAGUAAUGCAAGGCUCACCGAGGAAUACAGGCCGAGCUGAUGAGGGGUGUCGAGAAGAGGCUGGAAAAUGUAUUAAAAGCAGAAAUCGGAGAGAAUCAAAACACUGUCACAUGUAUCCUCUGGUGCCUGAAGAAAUGAGAAUUUAUUAUCAUCCCUCGAUAUUAUGCAAGUGAAUUUAAGUUUUUGACAGCAGCCAUUUUUAUUAAUGAUUGGGGGGAGGGGAGCAUAGAGUGGGAGGAGUCAGGAGGUGUCAGUGAGGAUGAGACUGAUGGGCUCGUGUCUGCAGGGUGUUUCUUCUCUGUAUGCAGCUCUCCAGGCCCUUCACUUCGAUUCUGGAUUUUAUUCCCUUCAUUAGGGAGAGUUUAGAAAUAAGAAAAAGAGUUUCUGAGCGUAAACUUCUGGCUUCUAAGCUGAAGAGAAUUGCCUUUAUUUAGUAAGUGAUAAGUUUUACAUUUUUAGGACCUAGACUCCCACUUGCUCUGAACGACCCCAGGGCCAUCUGCAGAGUCCAGGGAAGUGCUCGACACCACUGUUGAUGGCCUCACAGAACCCAUGCUGCCUGGGGACCCACUGUUCUCGCCGGCGUCCUUUGCAAGCUGCUUGUCCUAUUGAAUGAAGGGGUUGGUUACAGCCGGGUAUACCCUGCACGAAAUCAGUCCUGCUCUCCACCCUGCUUUGGACCCUUCCAGGGAAAGCUGGUUUCUUUUCCCCACGCCGUGUUCUACCAGAAGAAUGAGCCUUCCUCUCCUUGCUUCCAUUUGAGUCACUUCUUGGCUCCGCAGUGGGUCUCCCUGGGUGCUGGGUAAUGCGAUUCCGCAGCAUACGUUGCUCUCCACGUGGCAGGAGACGGUGCAGGAGCCCAGACUUGUCCUCCAAUUCCAACACUCGCAGCUGAUUAGCAGGAGCAGGAGGGAGGGGAGCAGAGCUGACGAAGCAUAGACCACAUGGAGGACAGAGCAUCAGGACUCCCCUUACAAGGUGUGGCUCAUGGCCUGUGGUGGAGAGACCAACACAAUAGCUUUUAAUUCAGCUGCAUGACCUGUGCCUUUUAAGCCAUAAUGAUACCUCAAGCCUAGCUUCUCUUGAAAUACAGAUGUUAACGUUAGACUCCAAAAAGCAGGCUCCAGGCUUGCGCCCAGGCUAUGAUGAGUCUGCUUCUGAGGGAGGUAGGGAAGACAUCUUCCUUGGGCUCAAAGCUUGGAAGUCACCUAUGCUUUGCUGACCAGUGUUAGGCCUUAGUCCUUAGCUGUCGUGGUGUCAGGCUCACUGCUAUGCACACUGAUGAUCUUGCUUUCAGAACAGUAGAAUCUAGGGGCACGAUUUGCUUUAUACUCAGCUAAGUAUCAUCUGAUCAUUCCAGAGAAACAGGACAAAUGGUGAAGCAUGAAGUUUUCUAAUUUGACUUAAUCCUAAUAAAAUUUUGUUAUAAAGUAUGAUUGCAUCGGCCAAUGCUUUAUUUAAGGCAUUUUCUCUGCCUGUGCUAAUUGGCAGUUCUAAGCCCUUGUACUCGAAGUGCCAGGUGAAGCAGGCACAGAAAGGUUAUUUAAUGGAGAUGCAAGGAUUCUGGAGCCCAGGAACAGCCAUAGGGGCCAGCACACCAAGUCGUUGAGGAAUGAAGAGAGCAGCAUUGGGCUGGGAGGCUGUGCCUCUCAGAGGAGGGAAAGCAACGUCAAGCUUCAAAAACAGGAGGAGGAGAUACUAGAGGAGAAAGGAAAGGAAAGAAAUGCAGAAGAUAAAGAUUCGUCUUAUUUCUGCCCCUCUCACGUGAAAGCAAGAGAUGAGAACUGGUGUUUGUUUCUGUCCCUUUGUGUGGAGAAAGACACCAGGGAAGGAGAAGAUUCCCCCAAAAAUGACAAACAUUAGUGGGGGCAGGAGUGGAGCAAAGGGAGAGAAAUAUGACAUACCAGACAGAAAUGGGGUGGGGGGCAGGCUCACAAUCUAAACCCAGCACCAGCUUGCAAAGAGGGCAGAAAACAGCCUCCUGUCCCCUCUUCCUGCAAAGCCCUCUUCCUGCUUAGAAAAAAAGUCUCUUUCCAGCUGAACGUCAUGGACCACUACCAACAAGGAGAAUGGGAGGCUGUUUAGUCUGGGCUGAGCCACUUAUCCCGGCUGACUCCAGGGAGCUACAAUAUUGUGAGUCUGAGGAAAUUGUGCCCUACCCAACCUGUGUGACAGUGUCCCAGUCCUGAUGUGUGAGUACCAGCCUCCUUCCCUCUGAAUCAGCCCAAGACCCCCACAAAGGCUAGUGUCUCAGUUAGCAAUUCAUAAAACCAAAUUCCCUUUAUGCUCCUGUUGUGAACGAUAAUAAUUUAUGAUCUUUAGAAAUGCUCUGUGCUUUGAUUAGCAGCAUCGGCACUGUGAAAUUCAACCUAUUAUUUACUGCCAGUUUCUAAUGAAUAAUAAAGGCAAAAGAGCUUUAUUCAAAGCACUAACACUUCCACUCAUUAUUAGAGUUUUAAAUAGGACUCUAAUUAAUUAAUUGACUUAUGAUUCUUCCUUGAGCUUCUUACCGUGUGUGCAGCACACACAUUCAUGCACGUGCACGCACGCACAGUUCCGCUCACUGUCAGGGUCCCAGCUAGAGCCUCUGCAGUGCUCCCCCUGGUACUCGGUGCAUGUCUGAGCAAGUCUGAAGCCUGGUGGCAAGUGCCAUCAGGGUCUUCAUUCACGAAGUUUCUAAAACUUCUUGGAGGGCAAUUUAACGAUAUAAAUCCAAGCUGAAAAUUCAAAUACACUUUGACCUACCAAUUUCAUGUGCAGAACUUUUAUUCUAGAUAUUUGAGAAUGUUAUACAUAUAAACAGUAUUUAUUAAAACAACUAAAUUGACAUCCUGGUUAAAUAAAACACGGUGCAGCCAUCUCAUGAAACAGCAUCAUAUGUACUGAUAUGGCAUGAACUCCAAGAUAUAUUGUCAGAAAAAAAAGCAAGAUACAGAACAGAAUGGAUGCUGUGCUGCCAUUCUGGAAGGUUAAAGAAGAAAUUGGUGGUAUGAUUGCCUCUUAAGAGCUGAAGGGAAGACUUAACUUUUCACUUUUGUACCUUUUGGGUUUUGUACA